CGGAAACAAAGAGAGUUCGCAGAGCUGUUUUUCAGAAAUACGGCUCGGCCUGUGUUAGCUGCCUAUUUUCCGGAUUUAGCCCCCAGCAAAGCGCUGAGCGGAGCAGCCGUGCUGAGCGGGACACCCGAGGGGGUGGCGGGAGUUUCCGCAGGGGCCGUUUAUGGGGGUGCACCGGGCAUCUUCGCCCAAGGGGAACAUAGGUCUGGAGGGGAAAUGAUCAAAUGGAAACAAGUACACCUCUUGUGUUUGUUUUGUUUUUUUGGAAAACAAGACAUGUAGAAUUUUUAGUAGAACUGGAGACUUCUGCAUUCCUAAGCAAGCUUUGCAAACAAGCAAUGUAACAGAGUUCCAGAGACAUAAAGGCAUGGCAGAAGACACAAAGGCUGAUCCUCUGGAGAAAACCGACCAUGUGGUCAAAAGAGCCGACACUUGGGAAAUCUCGGACUCUGACGCAGACAGCGAUGUUGAAUCGCGGAAAGCCACACGUGCUGUUGUUGCUCCCCUGCCCGCUGCCACUUGGAAUUGUGCUGGGAAGGAAAAAUGUGCAGAGAUGGACGAAUCCUGUGAGGGGCAGUCCGUGGCCUCAGGGCCACCAGCACCCACUUCCCCUCGAAGCAUGAAGAAAAGGAGGAAGAAGAGAUCGCCUGAGGAAGUAGAGGCAGAACGGGCAAGAUUGGAAGCGAGGAAGCUUGAGAGAGAAUUCAAGAAAGAGGAGAAAAUGAGAAGGCAGCGGCAGAUCGUGCUGGAAAAACAGAGGCGAAAGGAAGCGGCCGCUGCCUGGAAACUUGUGCGUCCUGACCAGUGCCUGAAGCGCCUGACUGUGUGUGUGGAUCCAGGUCUUCUGGAGGAUCCCGGGUCAGAUGCUUUGCUGGAAGCUUUGGAGCUUUUGGAAUGUAAAUACCGCCUCGAACCCCAGGCAGUUCCCUGCACCAUAACCUGGAAGAGAGAGAUUCCCAACGGGACAUCUGAUGCUGAGGAGGCCCCAGAAAAGGCAGAAGAGGAAAGGGAGGUUUUGCUGCUGCUGGAGCCCGGAGAUUUCCUCAAGCGCCUCUACUCUGUCCUGCAGAGCACCGGCCCGGCAGGUCUGCGCAGCAUGGCGAACCUGAGUCAACUCUUCCCUUCUAGCAGCCCAGGGGGCCAAUCCGCGAAGGCACUGGAUGUGGUCGUCAUCGGCCUGGAGGCCUACCAGUGUUGGCAUCAUGGAGACGCUAUGAACCCUGAGCCAGAGGAACAGAGCGGCCACAGAUCACAGCCUGGACCAGAACUGUCCAUGACGCAGCUUCAAAUGGAGGAGGCUCUGGUGGCACUCCAACUCUGGGGGAACGUGGGUGUUUUGUUCCUGGAGACAUGGCCGGACCUCGUCCAGCACGUUUCAGCGGUGACCAGAGCGAUAGCGCAGCGCCCCUACAAGAAACACUUGGAAAGGCAGCCCUUCUCUUUCUCCUCUGCUGGCAGAUGGGCCAGCGGCAUCCGGGUGCGUGAGGAUGGGAGAGGGCUGAGAGAAGUCUGGUGCAGGCAAAUCCAGCAGUUCAGCAGGGCGGGCCCAGCCGUAGCAGCCGCUGUGGCCAGACAGCACCCGUCUCCUCACCUCCUGCUCCAGGAGAAAUAUGUGCAGAUGGAAAAUAUGAGAAACAGCAGAGGUGGGCAGGCUGGGAAACAAUAACUGGGCCGUGGUCUCCGAAGAAUGGCAGCCACCUAAGUCCCAAGCCUCAUUCGUAUUGAAGGUGGGCAUGAGCUGCCAGGCACCCAGACUUCUGCUGUUGUACAAGAAGGGGCGUGUGUGUGUGUGUGUGUGUGUGUCAAGUUAUAGGGGACAAGAGGACUUUUCCUGCCUCUUGCUAGUCUGCCCAGAGGUUGGACAAGGCAAGAAACAUUCAUGUAGCUUUCAAAACAGUUAUCAUUAUGAUCAUUGUUUCCUGUCACAGCUGCCAGUUCUUUAGCUGGUUGUUGGCCUUUGGUUGCAACUCGAACCCACCCAGAGGCCUGGGACAGUGUAAAGUGUCCAGGUAGUAAUUGUGUGGAUCGCAGCAGCGCUUCCUUUUGAAUCUGACAGAUGCUGCUUUUGCCAAUGGGAAGGUGUUUCAAGGGCAGGCCCAGUGUUUUCGGAGUGGCGCCCGGGGUGGCGAUUACCACUGGGACGACCUCAGCUGGUUUGUGCCACAGUCACUAAAUCUGUUCAAAUCGUGAUUGUUAUUUAUAUGUUAUUGUUGUGUUCAGCUUCUGUAGUACAUUUCAAAUCUGUGAAAGAAAACAGAAAGUAUUGUCGAAGGCUUUCACGGCCGGAAUCA